AUGUUUGACCGCGUAGAUAUAGCUAAAUUUAGUAAAUCCACAUCUUUUGUCGCUCCCCGCACAGAUAUCUGCCCCUGCCCUCGUGAGGGGGAGGACCCGUACUCCAUGGAGGGCAUCCCCGAGGACCUGAACUACGAGCUAAAGGUGAAGGACGGCAUCGUGUACGUGUACAACACCGCCGAGGCCCUAGCACAGGAGCAGCCUCGCAGCCUACCCUACCCUGACCUGGAGACCUUUGCCAUCGACAUGAGCCACGUGCUCGCCAUGAUAGCCGACGGGCCCACGAAGACCUACUGCCACAGGCGUCUCAACUUCCUGUUCUCUAAGUUCUACCUCCAUGAAAUGCUGAAUGAGAUGGCGGAACUCAAGGAGCUGAAGUGUGUUCCGCACCGAGACUUCUACAACGUCCGCAAAGUGGACACCCACAUCCACGCAGCGGCCUGCAUGAACCAGAAGCACCUUCUGCAGUUCAUCCAGACCACCUGUAAGACUGAGGCCGACCGCGAUGUCCUGGAGAAGAAUGGAGAGAAGAUCACCCUGAAGCAGGUGUUUGAGAACCUGGACAUGGACCCCUAUGACCUCACCGUGGACUCUCUGGACGUGCAUGCGGGAAGACAAACUUUCCACAGAUUCGACAAAUUCAACUCUAAGUACAACCCUGUAGGGGCCAGUGAGCUCAGAGAGAUCUACCUGAAAACCGACAACUACAUGGACGGAGAAUACUUUGCACGGAUCAUUAAGGAAGUGUCUCAUGGGCUAGAGGAGAGUAAGUACCAGUACGCCGAGCCCCGCUUGUCUAUCUACGGUCGUUCCCCGGAUGAGUGGGAGAACCUAUCCAAGUGGUUCAUCCAGCAGAAGGUCCACUCCCCUAACAUGCGCUGGCUCAUCCAGGUGCCCAGGAUCUAUGACAUUUUUAGAUCAAGGAACAUAGUUCCCAACUUUGCGAAGAUGCUGGAGAAUAUCUUCCUGCCGCUCUUUGAGGCCACUGUCAACCCACAGCAGCACAAGGAGAUGCACGUGUUCCUGAAAUAUGUUACUGGCUUUGACAGUGUGGAUGAUGAGUCUAAGCACAGUGAUCACAUGUUCUCUUACAAAAGCCCCAAGCCUGAGGACUGGACCACAUUGGACAACCCACCCUACAGUUACUACCUCUUCCAUAUGUACGCCAACAUCAUGGUGCUCAACAACCUCCGCAAGGAGCGUGGCUUGAGUACCUUCCAGUUCCGGCCCCACUGCGGCGAGGCUGGCUCCAUCACUCACCUGGUGUCUGCCUUCCUCACGGCCGACAACAUCUCCCACGGGCUCAACCUCAAGAAGAGUCCUGUGCUGCAGUACCUGUAUUACCUGGCCCAGGUGCCCAUCGCCAUGUCACCCCUGAGCAACAACAGCCUGUUCCUGGAGUACUCCAAAAACCCACUCCGAGAGUUCCUCCACAAAGGCCUGUGCGUGUCCCUGUCCACCGACGACCCCAUGCAGUUCCACUACACCAAGGAAGCCUUAAUGGAGGAGUAUGCCAUCGCCGCCCAGCUGUGGAAGUUCAGCACCUGUGACGUCUGUGAGAUCGCCAGGAACAGUGUGCUGCAGAGCGGCCUCUCACACCAGGAGAAGAAGCACUUCCUGGGAAAAGACUACCUGGAGGAUGGGCCUGACGGCAACGACAUCAGGCGCACCAACGUGGCACAGAUCCGCAUGGCCUACCGACACGAGACGCUGUGCAACGAGCUCAGGUUCCUGGUGGAGGCCGUCAAGGAGGAGCCGAGCGGUCAGGCGGGAGUGCAGUGAACGCCUCAGUAACCUGGUUGUGGUACGCUGCCUGGCUGUCCAUAGGCACAGUGUCAGCAACCCACUAACCACACCAGAGAGUCACAAUGCACCCAACACCCAAGAGAUGGCCAGGUCACUGGUUACAUCAGGUACUGUUACAGGAAGUUGAUAACCUGAUAUGACGGUGUAAAGGGUAUUUAGGAGAAUGAGACAUGACAAGAUACCAACGUGUCCUUUUUGCAAAAGAAAAUGGUUAAGGGUUUCAAUUUUUUUUUCUUUUUCUAUUGUAUGUACCUGUAUUACUUGAGCUACCUGAAUAGUUGUUUUCAUUGCUUUUUUAUUGCUGUGAUAUUUUAAAACAAAACACCACGUUUGCACGGGCUUGUUGGAUGGAUAAAGGGAUUCUUCAUACUAAGAGCCAGGAGGUCAGAGCUGUGCUUAAUCCCCACCUGGAUGAACCAGUGUGUUUAGGAACUGCUGAUGUCAAGUUACCAUUUACUCAGGACCGGCAGAGGUGAGGCCUCCUUUAUGCAGUGGAUUUUCUCUACGUAACCUGCAUCACCCCCUUCACUCUGGGCAGUAAGCGGACAGGGGUCACCAGAGUUUGACCCUACACAGCUUUCUUGCUAUGCUGAUGUAUGCUUUUCACUGUAUGAGAACUCACUGACCAAUGCUUUGUUCCUCAGAAGGAAAGGGAGCUGAAUGAUUGAGGUGUGGACGUUUCGGAGGAACAGAGGGCAUGUAUGUACAUGCUAUGCCUCCACUCAAUUCUAUCUGAUUCCGCUUUGUCACUGUGUUUGUGCCGCGCCACUAGGCCCUAGAUUGGAAGACCAUGACUAGGGGUUUCCUACUCUAUGAAUGUAUGGGUGUUUGUUUAUCGUGUAAUUGAUUUUGACCAUUUCUAUUUGCUAUUUUCUGUUUUGUUAAAGUCAAACUGUUCAUGUUUCCAUUUUUAAAAUAAAGAUUCAGAACAAGAUUA